UAGGCAUCUAGUAACGCAGUUCCUUUCCUUUUAAUGCUCCAUUAUAUAUUUAUUUCACUCUAAUGCAAGAAAGUGCAACUCAGUUCAGCUGAAAAGAACAGAUCUGUGAUAUGCAUGAUACUCAUAUUCUGUGGUCACUAGUGAGCGAGCGUACACGUGCAACAGAUUAGCCGCCGAUAGUUCUGGUCAUAUUAGUUGUGAAUUGUUAUUUACAGAUAAUGAAUCCUAGUCGAAAUAUGAUCUUGAGUCUUUAUCGGAACUUGAUCCGAGAAAGCAAGCAAUGGAACUCGUACAAUUAUAGGAUGUAUGCUCUGCGAAAAGUAAGACAAGAAUUCAAAGAGAACAAAAUAUUGCAAGAUCAGGAAAAGAUUAAACAAUGUUAUACAAAGGGACAAGAAGCACUCGCAUUGAUCAAAAGACAAGUAAUAUUGAGCAAUAUAUAUGGUACCAGACCAUUAAUAAUUGAGAUUCAAAGCAAAGCUAAUUAAAAUUGAAUAAUGCAAGCAAAGAAAAUAGGGUACAAUUGUACUAUUUAAGGUUACAAUGCUACAAGUGCAUGUAUUUGCAACUACCAUUCUAAUUAAUUUACAUAUGAGGAAAAUUUGUUUUGACUAAUAUACAGUUCCAAAAUGUUAAUCUCAAGAUAAAUGAAAUAAUACACUGAAACAGUUUCAUUUUUACACAUGUAUUAAUUUUAUACACUAUAUUAGAUAUUUAGCAUUGUGCAUAGUUAAAAAAUUAAAAAUAAUCUUUAGAUCUUAAGGAAAUUAAUCUUUCUUUUAAUAGCUACAUAAAAUGUGACUU